ACGGAUAAUGUGAAACCUACAGAGAAAGAAUCAACCGACCUCCACAAAAUUGAGACCAACUACAAGAGUCCCUUCUCGCUCUUCAAAGAUUGGUACAAAGAUCAUGAGAUUCCCGACAACCAAAUUGCAUCAAAAGCUCUUACACUCUCCACCGCUAAUAAACAAGGGCAAGUGAGCUCCAGAACUCUUAUACUGAGAAGACUUGACGAAGAUGGCUUUGUUAUCAUGACAGAUAACAGGAGUCGAAAGGCUAAAGAUCUGAAAGAGAAUCCAUAUGCUUCAAUGGUGUACUUGUGGGUGACCAUGCAAGAUAGCCAGAUUCUAGCUAGACAGGUGAGAGUGGAAGGUGACGUGGUCCAACUGCCAACUGACAACAUGGCGGAGAUUUUCGAAAUCGAGCCUCUCUUCUGCAAAAUCCGCGCCCACAUCUGCCAUCAGGGCAAGACUGUCGACUGGAAGCAGAUGAAAGACCACCACGACAAACUUCACCAGGAGGUCGAGAACAACAACCUUCAACUGGAGAAGCCUGAACAUGUUGUGGCCUACAAGAUCUUCCCCUACACAAUGGAGUUUUACGAGUCACUUGGCCAGACAAUCGCGGAUCGACUUCUCUAUGUCAAGAAUGGAAACGAAUGGGAAAUCAAGAGAUUGGCCGCUUAAACAGAGAGAGAAAGACAAUACUAUAUACUCCGAUAAUAAUUCUUCAAUGAAUUCUUACAAACCUAUGUGUUCAUCGCUUCAUCCUAACAAAAUAAAAUAAUAUCUAUC